CUGAGGUUGGAGCGGCGGAGGAACGCGAAAGCCGGCCGGACGCGCUGGGAAGGGCACCUCGGGCGUCCCGUAGCGAGCGCCUCCUCCUCGUUCUGCGCCGGAGCCGCGGGUGACGUGCCGUGAGCCUUGCGGGGACCCGUAGCGGUGUCAAGCGGUCUCCUGCUCGCCUUCCUUGGCGCCCUGCAGUCGCUUCCGGGGACGCGUAGGUGGGCCUUUGCCCCCUCAGCCUUCCCCCUUCUCCCCUCCCCUGGGGCCCUCCCGGUCCCCGUGUUCGCCGGUGGGCGGCCGGCUCUUCCGCGCGGGGCCUGUGACCGCCCGGGGAGCCCCUUCCCGCGCCCUGCCAGCCUUCCCAGGCCGAGGUGGGAGCCCGGCGGGGGCAGAGGCUCCCGCCGUGGCAGGCAUGGGGCUCUCGGCUGGCAGAGGCCGGCCCCUGGGCCUGAUCCGGCCUGCCUGAUUCCCGUGGGUGGAAGCAGGGAACGGCAGGACGACGAGAAGCCCCGGUGCCCCCGCUGGCCCCACGGGGGUCGGCCCGCAUGCCCCUCCCUGCAGCGGCGCCACGGAGGAGGAGGAGGAGGCGGCGCCCGGCUUGGCCCUGGCACCGGCUGGGGAGAGCGGCUGGAGGCCUUGGAGGACCCUGGAGGAGAAGGCGGCCAUGGAGAGCCUGGCUGGCUACGUGUACAAGGCCGCCAGCGAAGGGCGGGUGCUGACCCUGGCCGCCCUCCUCCUGAACCGCUCUGAGAGCGACAUCCGCUACCUGCUGGGCUACGUCACCCACCAGGGCGGGCAGCGAUCCACACCGCUCAUCAUCGCCGCCCGCAACGGGCACGUCAAAGUCGUGCGCCUGCUCCUGGAGCAUUACCGUGUGCAGACGCAGCAGACCGGCACUGUCCGUUUUGAUGGCUAUGUCAUCGAUGGCGCAACAGCACUGUGGUGUGCGGCCGGAGCUGGUCAUUUUGAAGUUGUAAAGCUUCUGGUGAGCCACGGAGCGAACGUCAACCACACGACCGUGACAAACUCAACUCCGCUGCGUGCUGCGUGCUUUGAUGGGAGGCUCGACAUUGUGAAGUACCUGGUGGAGAACAAUGCCAACAUCAGCAUCGCCAACAAGUACGACAACACUUGCCUUAUGAUUGCGGCUUACAAGGGCCACGUGGAUGUGGUACACUACCUUCUGGAGCAGCAUGCUGACCCUAAUGCCAAAGCACACUGUGGCGCGACAGCAUUGCACUUUGCAGCCGAGGCCGGCCAUCUGGAGAUUGUCCGUGAGCUGGUGAAGUGGAAGUCCGCUAUGAUGGUGAACGGCCAUGGCAUGACGCCUUUAAAAGUGGCUGCAGAAAGCUGUAAAGCUGAUGUUGUCGAACUGCUUCUGGCGCAUGCUGACUGCGACCGCAAGAGCCGGAUAGAAGCACUGGAGCUUUUGGGUGCCUCGUUUGCCAACGACCGAGAAAACUAUGACAUAAUAAAGACCUAUCAGUAUUUGUAUUUAGCCAUGCUCGAGCGGUAUAGAGACAGUGAGAACAUUAUAGAGAAGGAGAUCCUGCCACAGAUAGAAGCCUAUGGCAAUAGGACUGAGUGCCGGACUCCUCAGGAAUUGGAAUCCAUUCGUCAGGACCGAGACGCCCUACACAUGGAGGGCCUCAUUGUCCGAGAGCGAAUUUUGGGCUCAGACAACAUUGAUGUCUCGCACCCCAUUAUUUACCGUGGUGCCGUUUAUGCCGAUAACAUGCAGUUUGAACAGUGUAUCAAACUCUGGCUUCAUGCCUUGCAUUUACGGCAGAAAGGCAAUCGAAAUACUCAUAAGGACCUCCUUCGAUUUGCUCAAGUCUUUUCGCAGAUGAUACACUUGAACGAGCCAGUGAAAGCCAAGGACAUUGAGAGCGUCUUGAGGUGUAGCGUCUUGGAGAUCGAGCAAGGGAUGGCACGGGUCAAAAAUUCUCAGGAUGCCGAGCUCCACACAGCCAUGGACAACUAUGAAUGCAAUAUCUUCACCUUUUUGUAUUUGGUGUGCAUCUCCACCAAGACCCAGUGUAGGGAUGAAGAGCAGUCGCGGAUUAACAAGCAGAUUUAUAACUUGAUCCAUCUGGACCCGAGGACGCGAGAUGGGUCUAGCUUGCUGCACCAUGCCGUCAACUCCAGUACACCCGUGGACGACUUCCAUACCAAUGACGUCUGCAGCUUCCCCAACGCUCUAGUCACCAAACUCCUCUUGGACUGCGGCGCUGACGUCAACGCUGUUGACCACGAGGGGAACACCCCGUUGCACAUCAUUGUCCAGUACAACAGGCCUAUCAGUGAUUUUUUGACAUUGCACUCUAUCAUCAUCAGCCUGGCUGAGGCCGGCGCUCACACGGAUAUGACGAACAAGCAGAAGAAGACUCCUUUGGACAAAAGCACCACCGGGGUGUCCGAAAUACUCCUGAAAACUCAGAUGAAGCUGAGUCUGAAGUGCCUGGCCGCUCGAGCAGUGAGGAUGUAUCACAUCAGCUAUCACAACCAGAUCCCCAAGACGCUGGAAGAAUUUGUAGAAUUCCACUAGGCCACCCCUAGCUGGAGGUGCUCCCUUAGGCCCUGGUGAAGGGUCAAACUCUAGUCAAUAAAUACCAGGUGGAGUUUUUGAAUUCCCUUUUCUCCUCCCUUCUUUCAUCUGCACUUGGUAUGGCCGCAGUGUGGGUGUGUACACACACGCACGCACGCACACACGCGUCUGUCUCACAAAUAGACCAAUGUGCUUUAAUUGGGAAGCUUGUCAUCUGGUUUCCACAAUUCCAUUUGGCAAAAUAGUCAAACUCCUCAUUAGAAUUGGUGUAAAAUUAUUUCGGUCCUGUGAUGCACGUGGGUUUUAUUGAUGACAGCUGAGAAUGCUUUAAGCAGCUUCCUGCAACGAUGUUUGUGUUUAGCCGACUGAGCCAGCAUGUUAUCUGUGCAGCAGUAUGGAAAACAGGGAGGGAAGGAGAAGUGACAACAGAAUUCAGCAUGGCCUUAUUGCUGGGAUUUUACUACAACAAUGCAAAGCAGUCCAGGGAAAUUUGCUCCUCACCAGCCUAUUUUUAAAUGCCUUUCAGUUCCCUACUGAAGUUGUCAGUAAUUUUUUAAAAAAUAAUUUCUGCUUGAAAUGAAAGUCAAGCUGAUCACUCCCUACAAACAAAGGAAAAUGCUGGAUGAAGUUCAGGUGUGUUGGAAAGAAUUUUUUUUAAAAAAUAGGCAAUACCUGCUCUCUCUUUAUUUAAAUUACUUUUUAAAAAGUAGGUCGUGCGCACAGAUGCCUUGGCCUUUGUUUUUCUGGAUAAGGUAAAGCAUUGUGAUUAAUGCUAACUCUGAAACCCACAUCUGAGAUGUUACUGCAUUUUCCUCGUGUCUUCCAAUCAGUUGCCCUUCAUGAAUGAUUUCAAAGGGGUAGAUCGUCUCUUUUAAGAUAUAUAAUGUUAAACAUUGGUCGGGAAGGACCGGGGACGAAGAAAGGGCUGUAUUUGCAGUUCCGCACCCUGAAAUAGGUUUCCACCUUUUCAUUCCUUUCAUUACGGAGUUUUUGAGAAAAUUGAUUCCCCCUCCGACACACCACAAAGAUCCAAUCAUCUUCUAUGAAGGUUGAUUUUAUUUUAACGAAAAGUAAUCAGUACCGUGACUGAAGAAUGUUUGGCCUGUGAGCAAUGUCUCUCCUUGCCAGAAGCUUCAGCAGCCGAAUGUCAAUUUUUGAGAGGUUACAGGACACCCCCCCCCCUUUUCAAUGCCAGUUUUUAACCAUCAGAUGGUGAAAGAAUGUUCUGCAGUCAUAUCCUGAAAAUGGAUCGGAAAGUUCUAAAAAGGGUUGUUCUGGUCACAGACAUGUUUCUUUGUAUUACAAAUAAAAUCUUGAAUGUGAAA